AUGUUCGCCAGUCCUUCGACGCCAAACACAAGCCCUUUCUCCAACAAGAACGGAAAACUAGACUUCAACAAGAUCCCAUCACUUGCCCAACAAGUGACUAACCCGGUCACUGCACAACGUCAGCCGCCACCGAAACCGCAGAAGAGCUCACUGAUACUUGACACAGCAGCCAGCGAUGUAGCUGAGGCGAGGGACAGCAUUCCGCCGCCUCCGCCGAAGCGACAACUUCAACGACGUCGUGAACCAGAGCCAUCAGCCACCGUGGACGCACCUAGGUCGGCAACUACACCAACAGUCACUCUAUCCAGGCCGGACGACCAGCCUCGCACAAAGACUAAACCACCGCCAGCAAGCCCGACAAGGAAAGCUUCUCAGCCAAUUCCAAUGCCACUAAAAAGGUCGGCUCGUAGCUAUCUAAAUAGCUAUAGUUCACCACACGCCCCGGAAGUGUCGCCAGGGAACAACAGAGGCGGCAUGACGGCGAACAGUCUUGCAGACGCAAUGGUCGCGUCGUCAUUAGCUUCAUCGCGACAAGGCUCACGGGCUGCAUCCCCAGCGAAAUACAAGCCACCACCUGUACCACGUCGGCGAUCACAGUCAGUCGACCUUCUCCGGCCUAGUACGACAGGGGACAAGCAUCCACCACUCAAGCCUCUAGCCAAACGCCCCAUGAAGCAUACGCUUCGCAAGCAGUCACCAGAGGCCGAAGAAGAAGAUGACACCAGGCGUGGUCGCAAGCAUCUGAUCCGCAAGCACCCUCACAUGCACAACGAAGGCGCUCGCAAACGAUGGAGAGAUAAGGUCAGCGAAAGCGAACGGAAACGGUACGAGGGCGUCUGGGCUGCCAACCGAGGCCUCUUGCACGACUACGAGACGAGUACGGUUCUAAGACAGCGACCGCAAGACAGUGGGCAGGAAGACCUCGUACUCGGCGUAGUGGUUCGGGAUAUCUGGAGCCGCAGUCGGUUGCCACAAGAUGUUCUGGAAGAGGUCUGGGAUCUCGUUUCGCCCGAGGAGGAUUAUAAAGCGCUCAAUCGGGAGCGAUUCGUGGUUGGCAUGUGGCUCAUCGACCAACGGCUGAAGGGGAGGAAGCUGCCUGUCAAGGUCUCAGCCAGUGUAUGGCAGUCGGUCCGGCUGAUGGGCAUCAAGAUUUCGAGCAAACCCUUCUAG